AUGAUACAAUUAACUAAUAUGAUACCUUUUAAUAAUUUUAAGUCGAUUAAACGUUGUUAUUCUACCGCAAAAAGUAAAAAAUGGAAAAGCGUGGUAGGUUUAGAAGUACACGCUCAAAUUUUCACGGAAAGCAAGUUAUUUUCCGGCUCCUCCACAAAAUUCACCUCCCCAGUUAACUCCAAUGUUUCAUUAUUUGAUUGUUCGACUCCAGGUACAUUACCUGUUUUAAACAAGAGCUGUGUUGAAGCAGGAGUACUGACAGCCUUAGCGCUUAAUUGCAACAUAAACCCCGUAUCUACCUUUGACAGAAAACAUUACUUUUAUGCUGACAUGCCUUCAGGCUACCAAAUUACCCAACAAAGAAGUCCAUUGGCUUUAAACGGCAAGUUGGCAUUUCAAGUGUAUACGCCUGGCUAUCACAAGACGCCUUACAAAACUGAGGUUAAGAUUAAGCAGGUGCAACUGGAACAAGACAGUGGUAAGAGUCUGCACGACGAUGAUAGGAGUUUGGUGGAUUUGAAUCGAGCUGGAAUUCCAUUGAUGGAGUUGGUUUUCGAGCCUGAUCUUAAGGAUGGGGAGGAGGCUGCAGCUUUGAUUAAGGAACUGACAAGUAUUUUACAAAGGAUUAAUACUUGUUCAUGUAAAAUGGAAGAGGGGGCCCUAAGAGUUGACGCCAAUGUAUCUAUACACCAAGAAGGUGAACCUUAUGGUACAAGAACAGAAAUAAAAAAUAUUGGUUCAGUAAGAGGGGUAGCCGGGGCUGUCAAAUAUGAAAUUGAGAGGCAAAUUAAGGUUAAAGAGUCUGGGGGAACAAUAACAAAUGAAACUAGGGCUUGGGAUGCUGCAAGCAAAAUCACAGUGGCCAUGAGGGAUAAGGAGGAGUUACAAGACUAUAGGUAUAUGCCAGAACCAAACUUGCCACCUCUGCAUGUAGCAGUGGGGCCUUUUACUAGAGGUUGCGUAAAUGUAGAAGAAUUAAAAAAUAAAAUACCUGAACUACCAGAGGAGACCAGAGUUAGGCUUAAAAAUGAAAUGGGAUUGAGUUCUGAGCAAGCCAUUGUACUUGUGAAUGAUACUGCAUUGUUAAAUAUAUUUGAAACCGCUUUGGAAAAGCGAAAAAUAAGUCCAAAAUUGUUGGCGAAUUUUUUGAUAAAUGAAUUUAAUACUAUGUUAAAUAAACUUGAUAAAGAAGCUAAAGAUAUCGACACAAGUCCUAAGUUUUAUGGUGACAUAGUUGAACUCCUUGAAAAUAAUAAAAUCAACAGAAAUACCGCAAAAUAUUUGUUGGGAAAAAUAAUAGAAAAUACAAAAGAAACUCCUUUGGAGAUUUUACAAAAAGAGGACCUUCUUCAAAUAUCAAACGAGGAGGAACUAAAAGAAAUAUGCGCCAAAGUUAUAGAAGAAAACGAAAAAUUAGUUAAACAAUACAAGGCGGGAAAAACGAAAGUUUUCAAAGCCAUUAUGGGAUGUGUAUCUGCAAAAACUAAAGGAAAAGCUGACAUGGGAAAAUGUGAAAAAUUAUUAAAAGAUAUGUUGAAUUAA